GCUCUCAAAAUGGAUAAGUCCGAAUUUAAUUCAACAACAAAAUGCUCCUACUACUAGUGUUAACUUCCUUACUAUCUUGUUCUUUAGGGACUCCAACAAUAAACGAUGGUCGAAUCGUUGGAGGACACGAUAUUUCAAUCGAGGAAGCACCUUACCAAGUUUCUUUACAAUACGACAACUCACAUUCUUGUGGGGGUUCUAUCGUAGCACCCAACUACAUUGUCACAGCAGCACACUGCACCGAGGGCAAAACCGAAGACGGUAUGUCGAUCCGCGCCGGUACCUCUAUUCGUGAAGAUGGUGGUCAAGUAAUCGAUGUGAAAAAAAUCACCAAUCACCCCAAAUAUAACACAGAUUCCGGGAGUCCUGACUAUGACAUAGCCAUUCUAGAAUUAGCAACAAAUUUGGAAUUAGGAUUUCAAGUGGCUGUUAUAAAUUUGCCGACUGAGGAUCAAACAUGGCCAGCUGGUACUGAAGCUCUUAUUAGUGGCUGGGGGCUUACACACGAAGGCGAUACCGAACUACCUGUUAAUUUGCAGGGUGCUAGUGUUCAGCUCAUUGAUCAGGCUUCUUGUGUAGCAGCUUAUGGUGGAUUCAUCACUGAGCGAAUGUUUUGCGCUGGUGUUGAUGGAGGCGGGGUUGACUCAUGCCAAGAUGAUUCUGGAGGACCAUUACAAGUAGAAGGUAUAUUAGCGGGAGUGGUGUCUUUUGGGAACGGUUGUGGACUUGCUGGUUUUCCGGGUGUCUAUACCAACGUUAGCGACGUUCUAGAUUUUAUUCACGACGUUACUGGUUUAUAAAUAAUGUAAUGUAAAUGUCGUUUCCUUCUUAUUUAUAAAAUCUUCAGUUUAAUAAAGUGGAAAAUUCCUAAUGAUAAAA